AUGGGUGAUGGUAACAGGAGGCUUCCAGAAAAUUUUUUAGAAAAUUUUUUCGAUUUUGAACGGGAAAACAGUGAAGGGAAAAAGUCACAUUCAAUACCAAAGAAACCGAAUGAGUCAAGAUCAACCGCUGAAGAUGGUGAUGAUGAUGAUGAUGGUGGCGAUAAAUUAGGGAAAGAUAAAACUUUUUCAACUUCACUUAAUGUCUCAUCAUCCUCUAGCCCCGCGAUGGCAAAGGAAUUCCUCAACUUCGAUCCACAUGAUGAUGAUGAUAAAAAAAUCGGUGAUGAUGAUGAUACUAAGAAUAGUAAUAAUAAAAAUAAUAAUAAUAAUAAUAAUAACGUUAAUAAUAAUAAAACCUCAGAUGAUAAUGAUGAUAAACCCAUUUACAAUUAUUAUAAUUAUAACGGUGGUGAUGAUUAUGAUCUCAGUGAUCCGUAUUGUUAUGAUAAGAAUGGUGAUAAUAAUGACGAAAACGAUGAGGAGGAUGGUGAUGAUGAUGGUGACGGUGGUGGUGGUGGUGGUGAUGAUGAUGAUGACUUACUCAGUGCUGAGAGUUGCAGUAAAUAUCCUUGGAAAGGUUCAGCAAUGGAUUACAGUGUCAUAAUGCCCAACGAGAACUCCAAAUAUUGGUCCAGUGUCAGAAGGGAUUUAGAGUUGUUCAGGUCAAAAAUAAUUGACCACCACUAUUUGAAGGACUUCAUACUGAAUCACAGAGGAAGUGAUUGGAGCAAUUUCGAAAUGAUUCCGCAUUUUUUUAAAUAUAAGGCUUAUAAUGAUCAGUUGACGUUCAUAGCAGAACUGGCUUUAAAACUACCUGAACUCUUUCAGAAGCCCCUGCCCCGCUUGGUCAAAGGUCAGGAGAUGACCUUGACCCUGACCCAGCUACAGGCGGCUUGCCUCUUGGCCCAUGCUUUCUUCUGCACCUUACAUUAUAAGAAGACGAAGAGUGACGGACCGGACUACGGUAGACGAAAUUUAGGAAGAAGCGGUAGUAAGAGUGGUGGUUCAACUGGUGGCAGAGAUAGGGGCAAUUAUGGUGGUAAUUCUGCCUGGCCCAUGGAUCCAUCGCAGUUAAUCAUGCCCACCAUUAAUUUCUGCAGUUUAUACAACCUGGACCAGAGGACAGAUUUGGAGGUCAGCCUGCAGAAGUUCAAAUGUGUCAUGUACUACUUCAAAAGAAUUUCAGAAAGCAACAUAUCAGAUUUGAAUAACCGCAAGAUAUCGUACCAGAGGAAGGUCCUAGAGAAAAAAGUUGACUGGAGGAGGUCAACUGAACGUCUAUCUAAGUUGAGGGUCAAAUGUAAAGGUGCUAUAGAAAAUGCUAAGGGUCAUUUACAGGUUGACUUUGCGAACAAAUUAGUUGGAGGUGGAGUUCUGGGAAGGGGGUGUGUCCAGGAAGAAAUAAGAUUUCUGAUAUGUCCUGAGCUCAUUGUGGCCAGGCUCUUCACAGAGGAGUUGGAUGACAACGAGUGCCUCUUAGUCACCGGUGCGGAGAGGUUCAGCAGCUACGAGGGUUACUCGCACACGUUCAAGUGGUCGAGGCCUUAUCACGAUGCAGCUCCUUUGUUAGACGACAAACACGGCAGACGACUGACGCAGGUUGUGGCCAUGGACGCGCUGUACUUCACCGACGAGGGCGAACAGUUCACAGAAGAGAAGACAGCGCGGGAACUGAAUAAGGCAAUAAUUACGUCAUGA